CUUUUGUAUAAAACAAAACCACUCGCAUUGCUACCUUCCAUGGCUCCAGCACCAGCGAUAACAUAACUGGAAGGAUACUAGACUAGUGGCUUCAUGCAACUGUUGCUGCGAGAUAUCCAACUUGGGUUAGAAUCCGAUACUCCAGCUUGGUACGGUACGGGGUAAAACCCCACAUGCGGCUAUGCGGGAUGGCCAGACAUUAACCCAACAUCGAAAGAGCACCGUGACCGGUAUGCGUGCUCCGAAGUCCGCCGUAAUACGCUCACCUUAUCAAUCAUUGGCCCUUGGCUAGUCCGAUGACUUGCACUAGCGGACAUUCAAGGAUAAGCUUGCCACAAUUUAAGCCGACUUAUUGACAAAGGGGCAGUCCGUCCUUAUCAAUAUUUCCUGGUAGGCUUCAUGAACUAUUUAAGCUCAUUACUACUCAGCUUGGAGUAAGACCAUUACCAAGCUAUCAUCGCAUUUAUAUGUUCAAGAUGUCUACACCUCACCCGUUGCGACCUCUCACCGAAGAUGAGGUAUUGCUGGCUCGAAAUGCAGUCGUGCAGAAACAUGGCGGUAACGGCAUUAGUCUCUUUUUUCGAUCCAUCUAUUUAGAUGAACCUAGAAAGCAAGAUCUCGUGCAAUUUCUCAUCGCCGAGCAUAGCGGCCAAUCGCCCAAAACCACAGUUCCAAGACAGAUAACUGUGUUAUUUGACCGAAUCACAAAUGGCGUGCCUCAGCUUCAUGAGUCGAUCGUCGAUAUCGGAGUGGGAGAGAUCCGUCGCACCAGAACAUUCCCUCCUUACUGUCAGACCAGUUACACGGUAGCUGAGUUUAGCCAGUUCCAAGAUAUCUGUAUCGCUUCAGAGAUGUUUCAAAAGGCUAUACAAGAGUUUACUCUGCCUGAGGGUUUUGUUAUCACCAUAGAUCCUUGGCCGUACGGAGGUCUGGAACCGGACGAGGAUGUCCCUCGGUAUAUGCAAGGGCUCUGUUACGCUCGCAAUACGACCAACAACAAUAUCAAUUCAAAUCACUAUGCAUACCCGCUUCCCAUCAUACCAGUCAUGGAUUUCGCCAAGAAAGAGAUGAUCCGGGUGGACCGACUAGCAACGGGUGGGAAAGGUGACAGUCUGUACCCUGCCUCUCUGACAGGUAAACCCAAAAAGCUCUUCCAGCAUGGCGAUUUCACCUCAGCUGAAUACGUGCCUGAGCUAAUGAACCGGCCGCUGCGCACUGACGUCAAACCUAUAAACAUCACACAACCCGAGGGUGCUUCGUUCAGAGUUCAUUCAGAUAACUUGGUAGAAUGGCAAAAAUGGCGAUUCCGCGUUGGCUUUACACCAAGAGAGGGUGCUAUUCUACACGAUGUAUGCUACGAUGGUCGGCCAGUUAUGUACCGCAUCUCAUUCUCGGAGAUGACUGUUCCGUACGGUGAUCCAAGGCCGCCCUUCCACCGAAAGCAGGCCUUUGAUUUUGGAGAUGGUGGUCUCGGACGGGCUGCUAACAACCUUAAAUUGGGCUGUGACUGUCUCGGUGCUAUCCACUAUCUGAGCUCUGUGGUUGCGAGCACUGAAGGGAAGCCAGAAAUUCAGCCAAAUGUAGUGUGCUUACAUGAACAGGACAACGGCAUUGGCUGGAAGCACACCAACUUCCGAACCGAACGUGCUGUAGUAACACGACUCCGAGAGUUUGUGGUUCAGUUUGUAGGUACACUCGCAAACUACGAGUAUGUCUUCGCCUUCAAACUCGAUACUGCUGGUGGCAUCACUCUUGAAACCCGAGCCACUGGUAUUGUCAGUGUCGUACCGAUAGACGAGGGCAAGGUAUCUGGCUAUGGUAAUGUGGUAUUCCCAGGCGCCUUAGCCCAGAAUCACCAGCACAUUUUUGCGGUUCGCAUCGAUCCCAGUAUCGAUUCAUAUGGAAGUGAAGAUACUGCUGUGGUAUUGGAAGAGAGUCAUCCCAUUCCUAUGAACCCACAAACGAACCCGUACGGUAAUGGUUACGAAAUAAGACGACAAUUGGUUGAAAGUGCCAUGUUUGCAGAUGCCGAGCCGAAAUUCAACCGGACGGUCAAGCUUGAGAAUAUGAAUAAGAAGAACCCCAUCAGUGGCAAGAAUGUCGGAUAUAAAUUCGUGCCUUCUCCCACACAACUUCUGCUCGCAGACCCCAACAGUGUCCAAGCGGCAAGAGCAUCAUUUGCCCAACACCACCUUUGGGUGACGGGAUAUCGUGAUGAAGAGUUAUGGGCGGCAGGAGAGUUUACUAACCAAAGCAGGAGGGACGAGGGUGGCGUUAAGGACAUGGUAGCAAGAGGCGACUGGUUCGUCACCGACCCGUCUGUAACCAGUCGAACUGGACAGCGUAGCAGUCCCGUCAUCUGGAGCGUGUUCGGGCUCACCCAUAAUCCUAGAGUUGAGGAUUGGCCGGUGAUGCCUGUCGAGAUCCAUCAACUUCAUAUCCGCCCGGCAGACUUCUUCACGAGCAACCCGGCUCUCGAUAUGCCAGGACGUCAAAACGAAACCAGCGUGAUUGUGCCUUGUUGUAGCAAAACCAAUGCCGUGGCUCAUUUACAAGGCACUCCUGAUAAAGAUGUUGAUCCCAAGAAUCUCUCGAAGCUGUAGAACACUCUACUAGAACAAGGAUUCAAAACAAUGACUUUGAUACCAGCGAAAAUGGCAGCUUGUAGUAUAACUAGUAGACAUCUACACAUUUAGAUGGAGUUUCUAUCUGAGUUUAUGGGUUCAUGGAACUGAAGCGGAUUUUAUGUCUUGAAUGACACUAUAUUACAUGAGAUGAAGAAUAGAAUUCAUGUUAUGUAUUCUUCAUUCGUUGUUCGAACAAUAGAAAUUGCGAUUUGAAGUACAAGGGCCAAUGGGUUGCUCUCAAGUUACUUAACCUGGCGAGCCUGGGAGCACUUUACACCGCAACCUUGGCCUCCAACUUCUCCAAAUCCUGGCCUUAUCAGCAGGUACCCACCAAAAAUUUAGCGCUUGGACAUAGCGUACUAGCCCACCUAUUUAGCUCCUUACCUACCUUACCUAGGUGGGUACCCAGGUAGGCUAGAUCCCUGGCCAUCUACAGCGAUCCAGAGCCCCGACCCCGGCGUUGUCCCCAGUUCACUGAUUUGGGUGUCGUCA